AUGUUUAAUUUAAUGAUACUUGCCCAAACUUUAUCCUCUCUUUUCAACAUUGCAUCUUGUCUAUUUACUGCUGCUAAAGAACCAGUUGGAUCUGUAAUGUUUUUCGCUACUUUAACAUACUUCUUGUCUAUGUUGAUAGAAUUUGCUCUGGUAUGUUGGUUUGGGAGUGAAAUAACUACUGCAAGUGAAGAGUUAAUGUUUGCCUUAUAUGACAUUGACUGGUUCAGUGCUAGUCACAGAUUUAAGAAGUCUUUGCUACUGACAAUGAGCCGCAUGCAGCGUCCUAUUUAUUUGAGUAUUGGGAAAUUUUUCCCAUUAACUCUUAAAGCGACAGUUUCGGUGUGCAAAGCUUCUUUCUCAUACUAUACAGUUUUUAGAAGGGUUGAGGACUAA